CAGCAUCACGCUGCACUUCUGCAGCACUAACACUCACAGCACAACCUCGAGAGAGAUUCACAGAAACACUCUUGACUUCACUAUCAUCCUCGCGGGCUUUAACGACGGAUUCGAUUCGCAAGAUGCUUUGAUUCGCAGAAGAUUCAUUCGGAUCAAUCCUCCCUAUUGUCUCGCCUGUCUAUAAACGCCAUUCAUCUACAGAGGACAGCGCGAGUUACUCAUCGAGCAGAAGAGAAACGCAUUGUUGUAUCUGAAGGCGGCUUUAGUGCAGCAUCGCAGGAUGGCUGAUGUCAGCACAGAAUGCAACAUCAGGGUGUUGUGUCGCUUCAGACCCCUGAACCAAUCCGAGAUCCUCCGAGCGGACAAAUACAUCCCCACCUUUCAAGGAGACGACACUGUCAUCAUCGGGGGCAAGCCGUAUGUUUUUGACAAAGUCUUUCCCACAAACUGCACACAGGAGCAGGUGUAUAACACGUGUGCCAAACAGAUUGUCAAAGAUGUUCUGGAAGGUUAUAACGGCACCAUCUUUGCGUACGGACAGACGUCGUCUGGUAAAACCUACACUAUGGAGGGAAAACUGCAUGAUCCGGACGGAAGGGGAAUCAUCCCGAGGAUCGCUGAAGACAUUUUUAACCACAUUUACACCAUGGAUGAAAACCUGGAGUUCCACAUUAAGGUUUCCUAUUUCGAAAUCUACAUGGAUAAAAUCCGUGACCUACUUGACGUGAGUAAGACAAACCUGUCCGUGCAUGAAGACAAGAACCGAGUUCCCUAUGUGAAGGGAUGUACUGAACGUUUCGUCUCCAGUCCUGAAGAAGUGAUGGAUGUCAUUGAUGAAGGCAAAGCCAACCGCCAUGUUGCUGUUACAAAUAUGAAUGAGCACAGCUCCAGGAGCCACAGCAUAUUCCUCAUCAACAUCAAGCAGGAGCAUGUGGAGACCGAGCAGAAGCUCUGUGGGAAACUUUACCUGGUGGACCUGGCCGGGAGCGAGAAGGUGAGUAAGACCGGUGCAGAAGGAGCCGUUCUGGAUGAAGCCAAAAACAUCAACAAGUCUCUGUCUGCGCUGGGGAACGUCAUAUCAGCUCUGGCCGAAGGAACCAAGACUCACGUACCGUACCGAGACAGUAAGAUGACGCGGAUCCUGCAGGACUCUCUGGGAGGAAACUGUAGAACCACGAUGUUCAUCUGCUGCUCACCUUCAGCCUUCAACGACGCAGAGACCAAAUCCACCCUGAUGUUCGGACAACGGGCAAAGACCAUCAAGAACACGGCGUCUGUGAACCUGGAGCUGACGGCAGAGCAGUGGAAGAGGAAAUAUGAGAAAGAGAAGGAGAAGAACAAGAACCUGAAAGAGAACAUCCAGAGACUGGAGGCGGAGCUUAACCGCUGGCACAACGGUGAGUCUGUCACGCCGCUGGAUCUCAUGGCUGUGAUUCCUGUUGAAUCUGACGUCAGUGAAGACGCAGCUUUAGACAAUCAGAGUCUCGACGUGUGUGAGCGAAUCCCAGAGGAACACAAGCUCAAAUAUGAGGAAGAGAUACGCAAACUCUACAAACAGCUUGACGACAAGGACGAUGAGAUUAAUCUACAGUGUCAGCUGGUGGAAAAACUGAAGGAGCAAAUGCUGGAUCAAGAAGAGCUGCUAGCUUCGUCGCGUGGAGACAGUGAGCGUGUUCAGUGUGAGUUGAGUCGUCUUCAAGCGGACAGCGACAGCGCAAAGACCGAGGUGAAGGAGGUUCUGCAGGCGCUGGAGGAACUGGCUCUGAACUACGACCAGAAGAGUCAGGAGGCUGAAGACACGAGGAUCCACAACAGACGCCUCAUCGAGGAGCUGUCGCACAAAACCUCGGAUCUGAUGUGUUUGGAGGCGGAGUUUUCCCGGCUACAGGAAGUGAGCAGCCAGCAGAGGAAGCGCAUCACUGAGGUGUUAAACACUCUGAUGAAGGAUCUGAAUGACUUCAGCUUCAUCCUGGGAAACGGAGAGCUCAGACUGCCGUGUGACCUGUCCGGUGUGCUGGAGGAGGAGUACGCCGUGGUGUGUGUGUAUUUGAGCAAAGUGAAGUCUGAGCUGAAGUCAGUGGUGAAACGCUGCGGACAACUGGAGGCUUUACAGAACGACUGUCACCGAAAGAUGGAGGAGACCGGCAGAGAACUGUCCUCCUGUCAGCUGCUCAUAUCACAGCAUGAAGCGAAGAUCCGCUCUCUGACUGAAUACAUGCAGAAUGUGGAGCUCAAGAAACGACAGCUGGAGGAAAAUUAUGACUGUCUGAGUGAAGAACUCGCCAAACUACAGACCGCAGAAAGUGCUCAGGAUAAUCCGCAGGACCCAGACGAGUCUGGAAGCAGAAAGGCAACAGACGCUCAUCGUGAGCCGCAGCACAAGCAGCUCGGCCGACUGCGUGACGACAUCAACCACAAACAGAAGAUCAUCGACGAGCUCAAAGAUGAUAACCAGAGGCUGUGUCUGCAGCUGGAGCAGAUGAGCGUGGAGUUCAGUGUCCUGAAGAAGCGCGAGCAGGAGAAGAGCCGACAGCUGGAGGAGCUCCGAUAUCUGCAUGAACGUCAGGAGCAGACCAGGAAGGACAUGAAGGGUCUGGAGGAGACCGUCGCUCGUGAACUGCAGACGCUCCACAAUCUGAGGAAGCUGUUCGUUCAAGACCUGACGACUCGAGUGAAGCGGAGCUCUGAGCUGGAGCUGGAUGACAGCGGAGGAUGCUCCACACAGAAACAGAAGAUCUCCUUCCUCGAGAACAACCUGGAACAGCUGACAAAAGUCCACAAACAGCUGGUUCGUGAUAAUGCAGAUCUGCGCUGUGAGCUUCCGAAGCUGGAGAAGCGUCUUCGCUCCACGGCGGACCGGGUUCGAUCUCUGGAAGACGCUCUGACAGACGCUAAAGAAGGAGCCAUGAAGGACCGCCGGAGAUACCAGCAGGAGGUGGAGCGGAUCAAAGACGCCAUGAGGGUCAGGAACGGCUUCCGACGGCCUCACGCUGCACUCAUCGCCAAACCGAUUCGCCCAGGACAUUACCCCGCCUCCUUAUCCACCAAUCACAUGUUCGUGCGCAGCAGGGAUCAGCCAAUCACGUUCAGCAAUGCCAUGUUCAACAGCGACACUGAAAAACCAGUGAAGAAGGCGCUGUCGGAGGCCACACACAAACCCAACAUCAACAACGAUGCCACAGAUGUGAAUGAGAACAGCGAUGAGACAGCAGAACAUCUCCAGCACACACACACACUUCAAGAGCAGCGCGCCGCCUGCUGAACACACAGGCGACCUGUUCUUCUGAAUCUUUCUCUGUUUAUUUGCAUGUUGCCUGCAGAUCCAGUGAUGAAUAUGAACUCGUCUGUCAUGAAACCUCGGAUCGAAGUGAACUGAAAACUCAAAUGAAACGAGUUUUCAAUAAACCAUUUUCCACAAGCCUUUAAACCAAUUACUACCUACUCUUUUUAAAGAAAUAAUUAUUAGGAAUUAGUAAAAACUACAUAGACAGUGAAAGUAAUUAAAUAAUUUAAUUUAAUAAUUUUAUUUUAAUUUAAUUUAAUAAUUUAAAUUGAUAAGAUUAACCUAAACAUUAAAAAAAAAAAAAAUUGCGCAUUUAAUUUAAUAAAAAAUUUCUAAGUGUUAAAAUUAAAUAAUUAAUUUAAAUUCACAAUCAAAUUAAAAUGAGUGAUUUAAUUCAAUAAUUACAUUUAAUUUGAAUAAGCUUUUAUAAUGCAUUAAUAAAUGUGGCCCGAUUAAAAGAUUGCAUUAAUGAUUAAAUUAGAAUUCAAUAAAAUAAUUUAUCUUUUAUUAAAAAUAAAAUCCUAUACAAUGCAUUGAUGAAUUUAUCCAUGCAUAUGACUAUUUUAAUGAAAAAUAAGCAUUUGAAAUCAAUUCUUUAUACGGUAUCAGUAGAAAUAUAUGAUAAAUAAACCCAGAAACGGCGUAUGAUGGUGUUCGUCAAUGCUGACAUUAAUGUGAUGUUAUGAUGAAAUCCCGUAGCUUUUUUUAUGUAGCUGUAACUAUUUUUAUACUCAUAUUUAAAUGACAAAAUAGCUUUUGUGGGCCGGUGUGUUUGGUAUGCGCUGAUUUGUAUGCAUUAUUUAUGUUAUUAGUAUCACUCUAUAAAGAAAACAACUAUUAUUUUACCAAAUAAUAACAAACUCUAGAGAGAGACUUUGACAUUAAAUAUAAAAGUGCAAGUCAGAUUGAGAAAUGAUCAACUUCUAAACUCGUGUGAUCAGACACAUCAGUAAGUGUGACCUCUGAUCACAUGACCUAGGGUCUCCUGCUUUGAGUCUGACCUUUGACCUCUCUACAUCUCCUGAUCUGCCAUUCAGGAUGAGACGGAGUCAGACGGAGAGUAAAAAUGUAGAUUUCUCUGUAACAAUUCUAGACAUUCUGCACCAUGAAUAAAAAUAUAAAUAAAUUUCAGCCUAUUUAAAAGUUGUAUUAUAUUUUAAAAACUAUAUAUGAAAUUAUUAUACAUAGGUUAUAAUUUAAGUGUUGCAUUUUUUUAUUAACAAGUCCAUAACUCUAUGAAGACUUCAUGCAGAGCUCCAGAAGAUCUCAAGCUGGUUUUAAAAGCCUCAUCUAAAUGUGAAUAACGCUGAGGAUCUUUAUAGGACACGAGGAUGUGUUAGAAUCUGUUUUUUGUGCUUGGUUUUUGUCGUGCAUGAAGGACAAAGGGCCUGUGCUAGAACUUGACAUUAAAAACCUCUCAUUAAAGAGAAUCACGUCUGUGUUUUUAUGACUAUAUCUGUUGCUAUUAAAAAGUUGCAAUAAAGAGAAUCCAGUCCAUGAA